GUGGCCAUGGAAAAUGCUGCUUACUCUUCAAACUCCGGUCGGCAAUUUCUGAGAACCAUUAAUUGAUCCAACAAAAAAAAUCCAGAUAAAAUGAAUUCCAAAACUUGUAUAUUCUUCGGCUUUCUCCUUGCAGUUGUUCUUCUCAUCUCUUCGGCUGUAGUGGCAGAGCCAUCCAACGAUGAGAACAAACUGGAGGCGGCGGCAGAGGGAACAAACCAAGUAGAAAAUGCAAAGUACUAUGGAUGCAGAAAGUACUGUUAUCGCUAUGGCCACCAUGGAUAUCCCAUAAGAUACUGUUGCUACCAGCCUGGCGACUCUCCUCACACCAAAACUACUGAUGAAGCCAUCUCUAAACAAGAACCAAACCCGGUAGAUGAUACGAUGGAUGCCGGACAUGGAGGAGGCCAUAAAGGAGGCGGAACAGGGGGCAAGGGAGGCGGAGGCAGUGGAGGUGGAAAGGGAGGAGGUGGCAGCGGAGGUGGAAAGGGAGGCAGCAGCAGUGGAGGUGGUAGUGGUAGUACCGGUGGCAAGGGAGGAAGUGGCAGUGGAGGUGGAAAGGGAGACAGCAGCGGUGGAGGUGGCGGUGGCGGUGGGGCAAGGGUGGAGGAGGUAGUGGCGGUGGCAAGGGUGGGGGUGGAGGUGGUAGUGGUAGUACUGGUGGCAAGGGAGGUGGGGGCAGCGGAGGUGGAAAGGGAGGCAGCAGCGGUGGAGGCGGUGGUGGCAAGGGUGGAGGAGGAGGUGGUAGUGGAAAAGGUGGAGGAGGUGGCAAGGGAGGAGGAGGAGGAGGAGGAGGAGGUGGUGGUGGAUCAGGAAACAAUAUUAAUUGAGUUAAUAAUAGUGGGACAUGAAGUAGUAGUGGCUGUGGAGGCAAGUCAUGAAUCCAAGCCGUAAAAGUAGUAGAGCCUGAAAAUAUGCACCUAGCUAUAUAUAUGGCUCGAGUAAAAACGCGUAUAUAUAAAUUACAUCAUGUAUAUGCAGGAGUUUGAAGAGUUGAUAAAUAAAUUGCAUGCAGUACCCCCAACGGGUUUUAUGUUACAAAACAUGCAUGCCUGCCUUCCUUCAGGCCGAUCAUGAUCACCUAAAGUACUCAACAUGAGUACUUGUACGUAGCAUGUGUGAAAACUUGUAAAAUCAUGUCAUGACAAUGAAUAAUAAUAAAUUCUGUGUCUUCAA